AUGUCGGGGCUGUUUGGACUCGGCGCGAAGAAAGAGACGAAAAAAGCGCCCGAAGGGCCUCGCACUUCAGAAACUAUCGUGUUUCCGCCGCAGGGAUACAAACCCGGGCCGCCGCCAGAGCUACAAGCAGGUGAUGAAGAAAAACUGGCGGAGCUCAUGGCGUGUGUCGCCGAGUUCCGUGCGGCGCAUCCGUGCGAUCCGGCGUAUGCGCAGCUGGAGGAAGACUGGGUAAACAAGCAAAACAUUGCGCCAAGAUAUCUGCGUGCCGCGCGCGGUGAUCUGAAAAAUGCAAAGCGCCGAAUUAUUGACACAAUGCAAUGGCGCCGCGGGUUUAAGCCGGAACUGAUCACACCUGAUGAGGUCGCGCCGGAAGCUGUGACAGGGAAACAUGUGUUGACUGGCUUUGACAAGGAGUGUCGUCCGAUUUUGUAUCUGCGUCCUGGACGCGAAAACACGAAACAGAGCGAACGCCAGAUCAGGUACAUGGUGUUUAGCUUGGAGCGUAGCUUAGAUUUGAUGCCGCCUGGGCAAGAGACUUUGUGCAUAGUAGUCGAUUUUCAGGGUGCGAGCCUCUCCAGCAUGCCGAGUCUCUCCAGCGCUCGCCAAGUCGCACACAUCCUCCAGGCCCACUAUGUCGAGCGACUUGGGCGUGCAUUUGUGGUGCACACCCCCCGAUUUAUCUCUGCAUUCUUCACGGCCCUGUCGCCGUUCCUGGACCCGGUGACAAAAGACAAGAUCCGUUUCAAUUCGCCGAAUAUGACCGACUUUAUCCUCCCGUCCCAACUCGACGACAACUUUCCCGGAGGUGAAUACCCGUACGAGUUCAAUUUCCACGUGUAUUGGGAUACAUUGCUGAAACGGUGCAACUUGAACCCCGAUGGGACACGCAUAACGAAGAAUGCAGCCCAACCGACGACAGACGAGCUGCAUAGAGCGUGA